AAACGGUUUUAUGCGUAUGUAGGAAUAUAUAUACAUAUAUGUAUGUAUAUGUAUAUUAUAUAUGUAAACGGCAAUCGAUUACCUCGUGUGCCUCCGUUUAAUUUCAUUCGAGAGUAACGUUGUAUAACAUGAUGGUGAUCAAUGCAAUAACUCUAACUGUCUUUAUUGUAACUGGAAUAACGCUUGUGACGUGUGCAGUCUCCAUAGACAAACGACGUCCGGAAUCAAGAAAGACAGAAACUGGGAAGGGGGUUGGACACAAACGCCACGAUGACAAUACUUCGGAUGGCCUGGCUCUUGCUCUUUCAGACUUCGAAGUCGUGCGCAGAUCGUUGGGUCCAGUGCCAGCCCAGAAAUAUAUGAACAAACCAAAUUCUCCGUUAACGGAAGGCGGCAAGAACAGAAAAAUAAUAGAAAAGUUGAAACUGUCAGUGACACUCCGUGAAAACAUACGUUACAUUUUCUCGUACUUACUGUACGGUCAUGAGAAUGGAUUGACGGAAGAACAAUAUGCAUCCUUGCACAUGCUUUAUGAUAUCCUGAGAAAAAGGAUGGUGCAUGUGUACAACAUGUUGCAUAUUCUGCCUAAAUUAGAAAACAAGGACAAGAAUCAGCAGACAAAGAUCGUAUUGUCGUCAAUGAUAGAAAAUCUUCCGCCGUAUCUUUCGUGUACGGCUAAAUUCCUCAUCGGCGAGAUACAAUUGAAGAAAAUCAAUUUGAACGUAUUGCUACGGCCAACGAAAUCCGAGAGAUUCAAUUACUUAGCCAAUAUCAGUCGGGACUCGAUUGUUCAAAGUAAAACAAAAGAUACUGAAGAAGAAUUAAGAGAGCACGAUAAAUAUUCAAACAUCACUCAGAAAGCCCUCGGUCCGAUGUUUGCGAAACUCCUUCAUAUUUUGCACACAAGCACCGGAUCUCUGUCGCAGGAACUAUUCGGUCUGAUAUUGAUGAACUUACCAACAUCUAACGACGAUCCUGUACUCGAAGAGAACAUCAGAUAUCUAUAUGAAGUGACCGGAAAUAAUCUUAUUAUAAACUGGGAUUUCAUCGGAAAUGAUCCCGUCGGCAAGGAUGCCUAUACGCUCGUGUUUUCUGUGCUCUCCAAGAUUCUUAACAAUCCAAGCACAGAUACCGCGGUAAAAAACGCAGCAGUCUACGUGUACAAUCACUUGAAGAUCACUCCUUCGAUUUACGAUAAUCCGAACUUUAAGUAUACGUACAACCUGAUUAAACAAGACUUGGACUUGGGACUAUUGCUCUCAGCCAUUGUUCCGCAAGAAUUCGAUGAGGAUGCAAUCCGCAUGAAGGAUCAUCUGCUGAGGUACUUCAUGCAGAAUUACAGGAAUAAAGAUCUGGAUGAAGCCGUCAAGGGAUUCAACAGAUUUGGCUACGACAAUCCCUUGGAUCUUCUUAUGGCGUUCCUAACGAGAAUAUUGAAUCGCAUUCCGGCGUCGAAAAUAGAGAUUCUACAGCCGGCUGCAGCUCUGCUUUCAGCUGUAAUCAUGAAGAAGCACGUCCGGACUUUCACGCCCUUUGUAUCGCCCGAAGUUGAUAUACUGAUACUUUUGGAAUCUCUCAGGAAUCCCGAUCUAAAUCCGAUGCUUCCAAAAUUAGUGGAUUCCAUCAAACUCGAGCUGACUUCGCAUCCACGAAUGUCCGUGCUUCUGAGCACCUUGAUACCAACGGAGAAAGAUAAAUGCCUAACAGCCAGGCAAUGCCUGAUAAAUACGUUCCAGCAGAUACAAAGAUUGCACGCCCACUUGCCUAUAACCUUGGCAACGAAGAUUCAAAAUGUACUAUACAUUCUGCAAACAACCGUGCAAACACACACAUUUUCCAUGCAAUAUUCCAUGGUGCCGCAGAAUGUAGAUUUCUAUAAUAUGGGCCCGAAGAAUCCAACUAUGAUGAAUGAUGUGAAUAGUAUGAUAACUAAACUAGACGUAUCGUAUGCAUGGAACGUAAAUAAAUAUAUCGGCGAAAUGGGUCCCCACACGCAGGAGAAGUCGACUGAACGAGAACGAGAAAAUCCCACAAUUACUGCGUCCGUGGAAACGAAAGAACCUGCUAUCUUAAGCCCGUUACUCCACUCGACGUCUCCUCAGACUUUCUACAGCACGACGCGUCACACAACAACCAUGGAAAGUAUUCCGGAAGAAUUUAAUUUCGAGACUGAAUACUCUCAUGCUCCAGAAAUGAUUGAGUCAUCGCGAAAAUCGUCUUAUAAUAUACUACCGCCAAUCCCCAAACACGCAUUAAAACCGGGAAAACUUUACGAACAUGUGACACAUAUUGCACCUUAUAGCUCCAUGUCUCCGGAGUCGUCCGAAGAAAUAUCUGAAAACACCGCGCCGAAACUUUCGCUCGAAGAAACGUCGGUCUCUGGAAAUAUAUCAGCUGCGAUAGUAUUGCCGCCGCUUAUAAAACCCAAUCGUCCUCUCGCGGUACAACUGUCCAAUAAUGGCGUUCCCGUUGUAACGACAGAUGAGCGUCACGACGGUACAGAACCUGAAAUUGUUCUGCCAGAAAUCCAGCUACUUCUCAAAUCUCCCGAUGUAGACAAUUUCUUCGAGAAAGUCGACACACCGAUAGCAACGCGCGUACUACGGCCACUGUCUGCCAUAUUCGGUAAGAAUUACAUCAGCAAGAUCCUGAAGGACGUGAACCCGAGACUUUACCCCACGAAUAUCGCCUUGCUGACGGCGUUAUUUAAAAGAGCCAAGAACCAUCCACAAGUGGCGAAAAUGCCGGAGCUGAUGAGCUCAAUUCGCGAGUACAUCGCCGGUAUGGAAUACGUCUGUCCGACUAUACUCCUGCCCAUCGUCAUUUCGUUAAAGAGGCUAACAUCGGAUGUCGUGUAUUCCACGUUCAAUCCGUACGACCUUACGCAUAGUGAAAUCAGCGAAAACCCGCCUGACGACAGCUCAUCCGACACUGUCACCAUUCCUCUCGUCAAUCCUACAACAUGGCUACAACCGAUCAAUCCGUCCGAUCCUUACACCGAUUUACUGCCCACCUUGCCGAAGGACGACGCUUUCGGAAAGAAGUUACGGGUCCUCAAGAGAAUCCUAACGCACGAGAAGAUCACGGAAAUACUCGGGCCAGAUUUCAAACCACUCUUGUAUCCGAAUAAAGGUGCGCUUUUCACAACGCUUUUGCACAAAUUGCAGAAAGUUAAAGCGAUCCAAUCGAACGCCUCGCUAAAGUCCAUAAUCGACUUGUAUAUACACGCGGUUCAAAUAUCGUCGAUGAACACCAAGGUGUCUGAGAGUAACCUCUUGAAGAUGAUGUCGGAAUCCACGGGUCACUGGCAGCCUGAAUUAACCAGUUUGACCUACGCCUUGCCGGUACCCAAAAGCGACGCCGAGAUCGCCAUGAUAAAGACGAUGCAAGAUUUCCUCGUCAAUCCUGAUCUUUUAGAAAAAUUGCGCAUGGCUAAACCUCCGAUGACCAUGUCUCGCGGAGAAUUUUUGCGUAAAAUUAUCCAGAAGGUAUUGUCCAGCAAUAUGCAUCUGGAGAAACGAAUUCUGAAAGCGCUUAAAUACUACAAAGACAAAGUGAUGAUCAGCGAUAUGGGUGCUCUGCCGAUCAUAUGGAUGUGGGUCCAGGUGUACGUGGUUAAGGCUGAGGUGAAACUCGGCGAUAUGAUUCAGAAAACGUUGGACUUUGAUCGAUUGCCGUACCAGGAGAAAUUGGCGUACAACAAUCUAGUGACAUAUUUAGCGGAGAAUCCUCACUUCCUCCAGAACAACGAGGACUUUGCAUUUGAGAAAUACAAGACGCAAGGAGAAUUUGUUAAAGCUUUCUUGAAAUAUUUACUGAAGAAGGCACAAGUUAGCGAUCACAUUAAGAAGAAUAUUCGUAUGUUACUCCCACGUGUGGUGCUAACUGGACCAGGAGCGGUCCCGUUGCCAAGCUUUUCUGAAUCCUUUUGAAAGAGCGAUAAGUAUCGGGUCAGUCAAAAAAUUCAAGUCUAGAACGUUGUCGAAGGUAAUGAUAACACUUGCUUGAUAAAUGAGUAAUUUAUUUCAUUAAAAGCAAUAAUGUUAAAUUUGACUAAAAAAUUAAACGACUGACCCAACGAUAUAAUUUAAUGGUAUAAUUCUUUGUAAAAAGCGCAAAUCUUUGAAAACGCUAUUCAGAGUUUCAUGUUAUAUGUUAUAUUUUAUAUAUUAUAAUUAUAUUAUCGAUGAGCUUCCUGUGACUACGCUUCACGUAUAAGAGAUCAAAGGUUACCGAUUGUUUAAUUUAAAAUUGCGGAAAGAGUGAUGCAUAUGAGCGAUACAUGUAAGCCCGUUCUCAAUAUAGUUUGUAAGGAGGGAAAAAACAGAAAUCUAAUAUGUGCCGACAAGUUUGCCCCACCGUUUCUUCUUCACUCUCUAUAUUUAUAUUUACGCCGUGUACUCUCUAUUUCUGCUUCCACUGUCAAUCUCCAAUAUGCGAUUCUAGUGCGUCGUCACAUGAUUAUUUCGAUAUGGCAAAACGAUUACGUGUCGCGCGUUAUACAUUUUACUCAAAGACAGACGGAGUGAAGGCGCGCACAAUUUCAAAGAAACAAAUAGAUAUGCGAGUCGAUGUAACGAGGUGGCUUCGCCGCAAUAAAAAUGGAACAGACGCGUGACACGCGAAGCGGAACGAAACGAGAAGCGGAAGCGACGGUAGGGAUUAUUUAUUUUGCACGGCGACCGCAACCCGCGGGGAUAUUUUCCGCGAGACGGCCGACCAAACUGUCUGGAAAACGAGGAAAAAUUACAUCAGUGAAAAAUAAUAAACCCCGACCUGCCUUCGCGUGAUCGAAGCGAACUGUAAGCUAUCAAAAUAAGGGGCAACGAUAACGACAUUGACGAUAGAUGGUACGAAUGUUCGUCCUCGCUGAGAAGAGGGUCAACUAUGCACGCUUGGUUUAUGACGUUGCCUAUAAACGGCGAGAGCUUAAACAGCUAUAUACAGAGUCAGCGUCUGGGUAAGCGGCGCUCGAAGCGAAACUAAGAGCUGUCGUCACGGGAGAAAGAAAGAAAAAAAAAAAA